CCUGCCACGGCUGGCUGCGCCCCACCUGGCCUUGGCUGCGGAGCCCCCUGGCCCAGCGGAGCCACCGCCUGUUCCUGCGGAAGGCCGAGCUGGACCACCCAGGUCACUACCUCGAAGCCCACCAGGCCAGCGCCUCCCACCUCUCACCCUUGACUCUUCUCCCACCCACUCCUCUCCUUUCCUCCCCCUGCCUCACCUGCAGCAGCCCCUGCCUGGACACGAGAAUCCUGUCUCAACCCUCCCAGCCUUCCCACCGACCCUCUCUCGCUCCUUCCAAGCCCCUGUAGCUGGUCACCAGCCCCCAGCCCUCGCGGUCGCUCAGCUCUCCCUGGGCUCUGGCCAUGAAGCCCCCAGGGCCGGAGGAGGCCCGGCUGCGGGCCUCGGACCUCCACGUGUUCGCCAGCAGCUGCACGCUGCACGGGCUGGGCCACGUCUUCGGGCCGGGGAGACUGACUGUGCGCCGGGGGCUGUGGGCCGUGGCCGUGCUCCUGUCGGUGGCCACCUUCCUCUACCAGGUGGCUGAUAGAGUGAGCUACUACCAGGAGUUCCACCACCAGACAGCCCUGGACGAGCGAGAAAGCCACCGGCUCACCUUCCCGGCCAUCACCCUCUGCAACAUCAACCCGCUGCGCCGCUCGCGCCUCACGCACAAUGACCUGCACUGGGCCGGGCCCGCGCUGCUGGGCCUGGACCCCGCGGAGCACACGGCCUUCCUACGUGCCCUGGGCCGGCCCCCUGCGCCGCCUGGCUUCAUGCCCAGUCCCACCUUCGACAUGGCACAGCUCUACGCCCGUGCUGGGCACACCCUGGAUGACAUGCUGCUGGACUGCAGCUACCGCGGCCAACCGUGUGGGCCUGAGAACUUCACUGCGAUCUUCACCCGGAUGGGGCAGUGCUACACCUUUAACUCCGGCGCUGACGGGGCAGAGCUGCUCACCAUCACCAAGGGUGGCGCCGGCAAUGGGCUGGAGAUCAUGCUGGACGUGCAGCAGGAGGAGUAUCUGCCCAUGUGGAAGGACAUGGAGGAGACGCUGUUUGAGGUGGGGAUCCGGGUGCAGAUCCACAGCCAGGAGGAGCCGCCCCUCAUCGACCAGCUGGGCUUUGGGGUGGCCCCCGGCUACCAGACUUUCGUGUCCUGCCAGCAGCAGCAACUGAGCUUCCUGCCACCGCCCUGGGGUGACUGCAGUUCCGUGUCUCUGGACCCUGACUUUGAGCCUGAGCCCUCUGAUCCCCCUGGUCCCCCCAGCACCAGCAGCAGCCCUCCCUAUAGCCUAACGGGGUGUCGCCUGGUCUGCGAGACCCGCUACGUGGCUCGGAAGUGCGGCUGUCGAAUGAUGCACAUGCCUGGCAGCGCGCCAGUUUGCAGCCCCCAGCAGCACAAGGACUGCGCCAGCGCGGCACUGGACGCCAUGCAGCGGAAGGACGCGUGCGCCUGCCCCAACCCCUGCGCCAGCACGCGCUACGCCAAGGAGCUCUCCAUGGUGCGGAUCCCGAGCCGCGCCGCCGCCCGCUACCUGGCCCGGAAAUUCAACCGCAGCGAGGCCUACAUCGCGGAGAACGUGCUGGUCCUGGACAUCUUCUUUGAGGCCCUCAACUACGAGUUGGUGGAGCAGAAGAAGGCCUACGAAAUGUCAGCGUUGCUAGGUGACAUUGGGGGCCAGAUGGGGCUGUUCAUUGGGGCCAGCCUGCUCACCAUCCUUGAGAUCCUAGACUACCUCUGUGAGGUGUUCCAAGACAGGGUCCUGGGGUAUUUCUGGAAUCGAAGGCGCUCCCAAAAGCACUCCAGCACCAACCUGGCCUCCCACCCCUCCCUGUGCCGUCACCAAGACUCUCUCUGCCUCCCACCGCACUUGCUACCUUGUCACGCGCCUCUAGACCUGCGUAUUCUCGGGGCCACACGUUGGCAUCCUGGACACGCCCAGCCUGCAGAGCUUUGCCAUCUUCACCCCAAUAAAGUCUUAAUGCAUCAGCCUCAGGUGUUCCUCUUACCGGGGAGAGACCAGCCAGGCCCAGCUCAGCCCUACUCAGGCAUAGAAGCCCUCUGCCACCCAUCGUCCCCUUGGGUAUGGCUUCUGAAACGGGGAGCUGAGCCCCAGUUAACCCCACGAAUCCCUGGGAGAGAAUGGGAGUACGAGGACAUCAGGCAUGGGCACUUGGUGUGAACGAGUCUAUCAGACUGACGUCUCACAGGGAAGGAAGGACAGGCACUGCCCACGCCCAGAGCUUGGGGGUGAGGACAGAGGAGCCAGCCAGUAGGUAGUGCCCACGCAGUGAGGGCAGGGCUGGGAGUGGGGGAGGAAGCAGGGAAAGGAUGGGGAGGUCAUUCCACUCCCAAGAACACAGCUAUCGUCCUGCCGUAGGAGACCAUGACUCCUUUUCUCACACUUGGGACCAAGCGUGGCACACAGCCCAUCUCCAUGGCCCGGUUCCUGCUUCCCCAGCCUCCCACAAGAGCCGAAGGCCCCCGCCUAAGAACAUGGGGGUGGGGUGUGCCCUCCCUUCCCCCUCCUGCCAGUAAGGACACACCAGGCCCCAGCCAUAGGCUCAAUUUCCCUUUCUUUCUCUGCAUCCCAGACAUUGAAGAACUGACAAAUGUGGGGUGGUGGUGGGGUUCCUGCUGGAACCACACCUUUGGGUCCCUCUUUCCCCACCUGCAGGCCUGAGUAAGGGGACAUGAGGAGGAAAGGGACAGGAGGGUCCACGUGGGAUAUGGAGAACCACAAGUGGAGGCCCCUUGCUCCCCAUUUGGGGGAAGCCCAUCCUUGCUCUCAGGCGCUGGCCGCCACGCUCCCAGGUGGAGGAAGGGAGGGGUGUGCAUGAACGCAGCUGUGCAGGGACAGGCUGCUCUGCCCCAGCAGUGAGGGGUGGGUCAUAGACUCCAGCUUCCAGUCUCGGGACCCUUGGAGGGCGGCCAA